AUGUCAUCACCAAGCACAACCCAAGGCGGUAGCAAGCGCAAGCGGGCCGCCGCCGCCGCGUCCUCGCCCGACCUCGCCGACCCGAAAAGCGUACAGUCUGCCAUGGACGCCCAGCUCCAAGCAGAGUCCCGCGACGCAUCCGGCGAGGAGGGCGACACCACCGCCCCAGAGUCCUCCGGCGCUCCCUCACAGGGCCACCGCAAGGCCGACUCCAGCAGCUCACAACACCCUCCCAGCAAGCGCCAACGCGGCAACAACAGCUCCGACAAGGCGGCCGAGGCCUCCGUCGACCCCGGCGAGCCCAGUGACACCACCGAGGCCAGCGUCGACAUCGCCGACCGCGUCUCCAGGAAGAGCACCCUGAGGGGCAAGGCGGCCGCCAAUAACGCUGCCGGCAAGAAGGACGAGGAGCGCAUGCCGCCCCCGCCUAUCGGGAAGCUCACACACCCCGUGGGAUACAAGACGAACCCGCCCCCAGCUGGGCGGCCCGUCCGGGUCUACGCCGAUGGAGUGUUUGAUCUGUUUCACCUUGGGCACAUGCGCCAGCUUGAGCAGGCCAAGAAGGCUUUCCCCGACGUGUACCUUCUCGUAGGAGUGACCGGCGACGACGAGACACACAAGCGAAAAGGCCUGACGGUGCUCUCGGGCAAGGAGCGCGCCGAGACCGUGCGCCACUGCAAGUGGGUGGACGAGGUGGUCGAGAACUGCCCCUGGAUCGUGACCCCGGAAUUCCUGUCAGAGCAUAAGAUCGACUACGUCGCGCACGACGACCUGCCCUACGGGGCCGACGAGGGCGACGAUAUCUACGCGCCUAUCAAGAAGGAGGGCAAGUUCCUGGUGACGCAAAGGACCGAGGGCGUGAGCACGACUGGGAUCAUCACCAAGAUCGUCCGCGACUACGAAAAGUACAUAGCUCGCCAGCUGAAGCGCGGCACCUCGCGCCAGGAGCUCAACGUGAGCUGGCUCAAGAAGAACGAGCUCGAGCUCAAGCGCCACGUGCAGGACCUGCGCGAUAACAUCCGCUCCAACUGGUCGACCACCGGCCAGGAGCUCGGCAAGGAGUUCCGCCAGUUCUGGCCCGCCAGCAGGCCCCAGAGCCCCGCGCCGCAGACGCUGGGCGGCCCCAGCUCAUCUGCCGCCGCCAACGGCGGCUUGGGCGACAUCCCCUCGAGCCCGUCCAUGUCGACCCUGGGCCCUAGGUCGCCCGGUGCCGACGGCAGGACACAGAAUGAUUUCAUCACCGGGUAUACCCUCGGACUGAUCGGGGGUGUGCGUGGCUGGAUGACCAAGAGCCGGAGGAACCUCCGCCAGGAGGACAGCCGCCCGCCGAGCGACGAGGACUCGGAGGAGGAACCCCGCGGGCGCAAGUCCGCAUCGGCCGCUACCCCGGCCACCGCCGCUACGCCGGUGUAG